AUGGAUCAAUUUGAAAGACUGCGCCCCGUUGGCCGACUGGAGCAAUACUCAACAUCCCGCCAUCAGGCCGGGUUUUAUCUGAAUGUCGCAGUGACGGCCACAUAUGUCCUGCCGGGUAGCUUUAAUCUGUCUGUGAAAGAUUACGUAUACCGCGCUUGCGAGCCUUUAAUUGCGGAGCACCCGGCACUGUCCGCGAUCCCAGCUGCGGAUGAUACGCAACAGCCGUACUUUGUUCGAUUGCCGCAGAUGGACUUGGAUCAAGUGGUUUCAUUCGAACAGCGCAAGAAUGGUUCAUUAUCAACCGAGUCCGCGGAUGGAGAGCCGACUCCAGACCUGGAUUUGCAGAAUCUGCUAGAAAACCAGCACAACACCCCAUUCACAGCGCCAAAUGCUUACUGGAGACUGUGUAUCCUCACUGACCCCAAUGAUGAGCAACGAUUCACGGCAGCAUUUGUAUUCCAUCAUGCCCUCGGUGACGGUACUUCAGGCAAAGCCUUCCAUCAAACCUUCCUCCAAGCACUGGACUCAGCCGAGAGCGAGAACAGGGAAACAAAGUCCAUCAUCCAGUCCCCUUCAACACCACUAUUACCCAACAUCGAGCAAAUCCACCCAAUGCCACUAUCAUUCCUAUUCCUCGCCAAGAAAAUCUUCCAAGCAAAAAUCUACUCACCCAGAGAUCCAGGUCUCUGGAGCGGAGGCAAGAUCCAGAAAGAAGGAAAGACAAACGUCCGUCUAGUCCCAUUCUCCAAAGCCCAGGUGACAUCACUCCGGAAGAUCUGUCGCAAGGAGCAAACGACUAUCACAGCACUCCUGCAGACAUCAUUUGCCCGCGCGCUCUUCGCCAAUCUCCCGCCCCGCUAUACGAGUCUCAACUGCACGGGCGCUAUCUCCUGUCGCCGCUGGCUACCAGACAUCAUCACCGACGAAGUCAUGGGCGUGUACGUCGGCGACAUCGAAGAAUCGUAUACCCGCAGCUCCACAACCAAUAACACCAAUACCUUCCCCUGGCCCGAAGCCCGACGCUCAAAGGCAACAAUCGAAGCCGCCGUUCAACGCCAAGGCCGCGACGCAGGUCCCAAUCUACUGAAAUACGUAAGCGACUUCCAGCAGGAACUGUGUCUGUCAAAGGUUGGCAAUGAACGCGAUAAGAGUUUUGAGGUCUCGAAUGUCGGCGUCUUGUCGUGUGAGGAUGUUCCUGGGAAACCCCGGAUUCAGGGGAUGGUGUUUUCGCAGUGUGCGAGUGUUAUUGGAAAUGCUAUUGGGGUUUCUGUUGUUACGGGGGGUGAUGGUUGUAUGGUGUUGGCUGUUACGUGGCAGGAUGGUAUUGUUGAGGAGAGUUUGAUUGAGGGGGCUGUUAGGUUUUUGAAGGGGGAGUUGAGAGGGUUGGCUGGGUUGGAGUCGUAG